AUGGGCCAAGUCUUGGGAAAGGUCGCUGUCGAAGAUGAGAAGCCGAAGCAACCCGAAGGACCCAGCUAUCCUGAUUACAUGCUCGAUUCAAACGCUGUUACUUAUGACAAGGCAACAUGGCGGUACGGAGGGCCUCCGGACUACACAGUCACCAGGCAGAUGUGGGCAAACGAAAAGCGCGGAAGGCAUGGGGCCAAGUCUCUUGAGACACUUGUCGAGAACCUGGUCAAGAACUGGGAGAUUGAGGCGUCACAUAAGAUGGACGUGUCUCAAUGGCGAACUGUCGACCCUGAGAAAUACACCUUCUCAAUCAAUGGCGGACCGCCUCAGGAUGCAGAACACAUGCUGAAAGUUGGUACUUAUUCGGCGGUCAUAGCGCCCAACAAAUAUUACGGGGCCAACUCCACAUUUGACGAGAGCCACAAGACGUUCAGAGACAUGAUGCCGAAUUUUGCCUGGGAAGUCCUGGAAGUGUACAGCGGCCCGCCGGUUGCAGCCUUCAAGUGGCGUCACUGGGGGUGGAUGAAGGGUGAUUAUGUCGGAAAAAAUGAAGACGGAUCGACGGUGACCAUCAAGGCUCACCGCGGAAUCCUCGAUAUUCAAGGUGUGACAGUAGCAAAGCUGAACGACAAACUCCAGGUGACGAGCCUCGAGACAUGGUUUGAUCCAACGGACAUGUUCAGGCAAAUGCGGCCGUCAGACGAGACGAUGACGACGAAGCGGAUGGAGUGUCCGCUGGGGUACAAGGCUGAUAUGUAG